GCCAUUGCUAACACCUUCAAGCACUGGUCAGCAGUCAGCUCCCCAACAAACAUUGCAUGUAGAGUAUGCGUCUCCAGCGUACAACUACAAACCACAACCUAAACCUCUCCAUGAGCUCCUACAUAUACGGCCUGGAAGAGCCCGGCCAUGCAGCACCAGCACCACGGCCAAGACGUGCCACCGCCGAAGAUAUCGACGUGGUGUGACAUACCAUCGACCCUCACGAUGGUCGACCGCCGCCGCGUCUUCGCUGUGGCCGCCGCGACGCUCUGCCUCGUCUUCGCGCACGGCGUGGCCGCGGCGCGGCCGCUGGAGGAGCACCGCUUUGCCGGAGUGGCACCGGCGGCGGCGGCUGCGGAUAUGGUGAUGGACGUGUCCGCGGCGUCGCCGGAUGGAUCUGCCACGUGGGAGCGCGGGGACGAGGCCCUCCGCGCCGGGAAGUGGCUGCCCCUGCCGCUGCCGACCGCUCUGACCGGCGGCCUGCGGUUCCCGGGGGUGUUCCAGUUCCCUGCGGCGACCGUGGGCCCGUCCAUGCCGUGGAUGGCCGGCGCGCCGCCCGCGCUCGCCGGGCCGGGGAUGCCGGCGCUCGUGCCGCCGUACGUCGGCGUGACCCGACAGGAGCAGCUCAGCGUGUGGGCCUCGCUGUUCAACCCGUUCCGUGUCAGGCCGAGGGUGCCGGCCCAGCCGUCGUCGGUGCCGGCGGAGCCCAGGGUCCCCGCCGUCGCUAGCGCAGGGCUCGACAGGACGACGACGGUGGACCAGCCGGCCGCCGGCGCGCAGAUCGGCGAGCCCAAGUGGGGCGUCUUCUUGGGAUCCGCUACUCAAAACAACAACGGAUAGCUUAAUUAGCUAGUACUCCAUAUCUGAAGGCACCGUGGCCAAAUAAGCUAAUUAGCUUAGUAUAUACUAGUAGUACUAAUUAAGUAAAAAAAUCUCAAAAAUAUAUAUAAAGGAACCUUCUUUUUGGA